AAGUGUGCUGGAAGGGGCGCCUCGGCCCCAGAUUCAAUCGCUGUCAUGGCUGCACGGUCUGUCACUCUCGGCAUCGACCUGGGCACCACGUCUGUGAAGGCGGCCCUGGUGGAGGCCGCGCGCGGCGACCCUUCCGGGUUCGUGGUACUGGCGAGCUGUGCCCGGCCUACGCGGGCCGAGACGGCGGCCCAGAGCGCGGCGGCGGGGCCCCAGGGGCAAGAGCAGGAUGUGCGGAGAAUCGUCCAGGCCCUCCACGAGUGCCUUGCUGCCCUUCCCCGGCAGCAGCUCUGCAAGGUCUGUGGCAUCGGAGUGUCAGGACAGAUGCAUGGAGUCAUGUUCUGGAAAACAGGCCAAGGUUGUGAAUGGACAAAGGCAGGGGCUGCCCCUGUGUUCGAGCCCAGAGCCGUGAGCCACCUGGUGACGUGGCAGGAUGGCCGGUGUGGCAGCGAGUUCCUGGCUUCUCUGCCCCGGCCAGAGUCUCAUCUCAGUGUGGCCACGGGGUUUGGCUGUGCAACCAUCUUCUGGCUUUUGAAAAAUAGCCCAGAGUUCCUGAAGUCCUACGAUGCAGCUGGUACUAUCCAUGACUAUGUGGUUGCCAUGCUGUGUGGCUUGACAAGACCCCUGAUGUCCGACCAGAAUGCCGCUAGCUGGGGAUAUUUCAACACCAGGAGCCAAAGCUGGAACUUGGAGAUACUGAGGGACGCAGGCUUCCCCGUACACCUGCUCCCGGACGUCACCGAGCCUGGCAACGUGGCAGGCAGAACUUCCCAGACCUGGUUUGAGAUCCCAAAGGGGACACAGGUGGGCGUGGCCUUGGGGGAUUUGCAGGCCUCUGUCUAUUCCUGUAUGGCCCAAAGGACAGACGCAGUUCUCAACAUCAGCACCUCGGUGCAGCUGGUAGCCUCCAUGCCUUCAGGAUUCCAGCCAGUGCAGACUCCAGACCCUGCAGCUCCAGUCGCCUACUUCCCAUACUUUGACAGGACCUACCUGGCGGUGGCAGCAUCACUCAAUGGGGGCAACGUGCUGGCCAUGUUUGUCCACAUGCUGGUCCAGUGGAUGGCGGAUCUAGGCCUGGAGGUUGAAGAAUCCACUGUGUACUCACGCAUGAUCCAGGCUGCUGCGCAGCAGAAAGACACCUGCCUGAACAUCACUCCCACAGUGCUGGGCGAGAGGCACCUGCCAGACCAGCUGGCCUCAGUGACCAGUAUCUCCUCCUCUGACCUCUCCCUGGGGCACGUGACCCGGGCCCUGUGCAGAGGCAUCGUUCAGAACCUGCACUCGAUGCUCCCUUUUCAGCAGCUCCAAGAGUGGGGCGUGGAGCGGGUGAUCGGCAGUGGAGGUGCGCUGUCCAGGAACCAGGUGCUGAAGCAAGAGGUGCAGAGGGCGUUCCCUUUCCCAGUGUCCUAUGGGCAGGAUGUAGACGCAGCUGUAGGGGCCGCUCUGGUUAUGCUCCAGAGAAACCUUAACCAGCAGGAGUAUUAGCACACUCUUUGGCCAAAGGACUGUUGCAAAGUUUAUCUAAUUAACGUUCCUCUCCUUACCUUGGGAUCAUGCUUCUCCUGGACAGCUCUGUGGGCAGUGUUAAGCAAUGCUUGUUCUCAGGGCGUCAUUUUGACCAAGAACGAAUCUUCAGGGCACACUCUAAUAAUGCAGCCAGGAGUCAUCAACCAGAUCCCAAAUCAGAGACUCAGCUGAGAGCUGGUUGCAAAUGUAAAUGUGGGAGAGACAGAGAGAAAGGGAAAGAUGGGUCACAUGUACUGUUGGAAGAGUCUUCCCUACUGGAUUGUACCACGUGACCCUGAGGCCCCUUUCCCAAUCUUGUUCUUCUCUGGCCACAGCCGGCUAGCUGGGGCAGGGGGAGACCCAAGGACAGUGAUGCAGGCUGGCUGUGAUAAAGAUGCAGGGAUCUGUGCUGGCCUCCUUGUCAGGUACCUCCCCUCCAAGGAGAGCCUGCUUGGUGCUGCCAUGGUUCCUCACAACAGAGCUGGCUUGAAGGCACAGAACAGAGAAGAAAACGUGGAUGGCAUGACCAGCCAAGGGGACAGAGGCUGCAUAACGCCACCAUUCAGGCAUGUUGUUCCCAAGAGUCUGACCAGACACCAGCAAGACUCUUUUCCAACAGUGUGUCUGUGCAGCAGUGUGUUUUUGCCCCUGUGCAUCCCUGGGAAGCCUUCCAAGGGAAGGGAUGCAGCUGCAUAUGCUCCUGUUAGAGAGAGAGCAGAGAGAAUCCCUUGUCCCAAAUGCCCCAGCUCUUCUUUCUCUUGGUGUGGGCCUUGCUGGCUCGCCAUGUGUGCCUGGCUCGCAGAAACAUCCCACCUGAGUCGGCAUGUCCGCAGGGAUCCCAGAGCAUCUUAAACCUUCCCGUGGUAGGUAGGAUGACCACGGAAUGGCUUCCAGGAGAGGGCCACCGUCGCUGUGUCUACUUCCACACUCCCAAGGGUGAUCCCAGGUGCCUGACUCUGAGGCACCUGGGCGACUCUGAGUUUGGGUAGCAGUCAUGUCUCUUUGUAAAUGCCACUUUAUGUGAUUGUCUGAAACCCUUAAUCUGCCUGGCUGUGCUGAUUGAAUUUCAGAUACUAAAGUUCAUUCUUCCAGAGCCUUGUCCCUUUAGUAAAACACACCUCUCUGCGUUGGGAAGACUAUAAAUCUGGCCCUGCCGCAGAGCUGGGUUUGGGAGGUUGGCCAAAACUCUGGGGAUCAUUUGUAGGUUGUCCUUGCGGAAGCCCUGCCUGCCCCACGGUUCUGCCGGGACAAGCAGCUGCAGAUCACUCAGGAACGUCAUGUAAUUGUUCUCUCGGCCAGAAUGAGUUGACACCAUCAUUUUGAGAGAGAAGUCACCUCGCGAUGGGCCAAAGGAUAGCAGAGAGCCCUGUCCAUCAGGAGGAGCUGGCCCUCCGAUGUCAGGGAGGCAGCCUGUCUUGCAUUCCCAGGAUGCUGUGGGUGGAGUCUAAAUAUAAAUUAGGAGCUGGAUAGGUAUCCUGCAAAGCACCAUAACUCUCUGUCCCCCUUCCGCACGUCCGCUCUACCUCUGAGGGCUAAGCCUUGCACAGUCCAAGCUUGCCAGCUGGUAGUCCUGUUGUCAUUUCUAUUGCACUUGGCCUGGAGCCUCUGCAGGGGUUUGAGUACAGCUGCCAGGGCCUCAUUUCUCCAGCCUGAAGUCAUAAAACACUCGUUGCUUCUGUUCUCAUUCUCAGGAGGUGCCAUCCUGAUCCUCAGAUGAGGAGCUGGGUCAUUAGGGCUGUUUGCCAAUAUCCUGAUCUUAAGCACAUGGUAGGCUGGCACUUUCCCACCUGAUUUGCUUUGGCCAGUAAAACGUCAACAGAAGUUUGUCGCUUCCAGGCAGAAGCCCUUUGGAGCCAAUGUGAGAUUUGCCACACUCUGUUCCCUUUGCUGUAAGUGACCUGGGCUGUCCCAGAGAAGAGGCUCUGCUGCCCUGGGUCCCACAUGAGGGCAAUGUGGUGUAGAGCCCUCACCAAACAGCGAGUGACUCAUAGUGUGACUGAGAAAUAAACCUUUAAUGUUUGAUGCUACUGAGAUUUGGGAGCUGUUUGUUACCACAGGAUAACUUAGUUCAUCCUGACUGCUACAGCCAUGGUAGACACUGUGCCUGAGAAGUCCCAGCAUAGACCCAGGAGAAUCAUAUUUAUGAAGCAUCUACUAGGAGAUGGGUGUUCUAUCAGGCACGGUGAUGUAUUGUUGAAUUCCCAUCACUAGGGAAUGAAAUAAACGCUAUAACAGA